AUGGCGCUGCAGCCGCUGACCGCUGACGCGGGAGUCUGCUGUGCCACAGCAUCCCGCCCCCGCCGCCGCCCCCGCACUGUACAGCUAGCCGCUUGCCCGCCUGUCCUUGAGGACGCGACCGCACACCGGGUCAGCUGCCACGCCCACCCGCUCGGCGUGACGUCACGUGGAAGCGCCGCGGGCAAGGACGCGACGGAGAGCCGCCAGCCGCCGGCCGUCCUGCUGGGCCGGUUUGGGCGGCGGCCCACGUCCGCGACCUACUGCCUGCUAGUGGCUGCUGCUAGGGGCUGCAGCCAGCUGCCGGCUGCCACCUCGUGUCCGCCGCCGCCUCUCCACACGACAGCCGGGCCACCACCAGUUCGCAGAUCGCGCCUGCUGGCCUCACUACGCGUGGAGGACGCGCGGCGGGUGCCGGGCGGCGCCCGCCGCAGGCAGUCUGGCUGCCGGUGGUUCCCGCUCCUCCAGCCGCCACCGCGCCGCUACUCGCCGCCCUCUGCCGACGCUACGCUGCCUCCCAGUCCCCCGGCCUGCAGCAGAGCUGUGGCGGAGCCCGUUCUGCGAGCGGGGCCGGCGCGGAAAGCGGAGAGGACAGCUUUCGCCCGCAACUUCCGGCGUGCCUGUCCGUCCGCUACUGUGCACUCGCCGAGGUCGGCAGCUGGCGCAGUGCCACCAGACACACGCUGGCAGCAGCAGCAGCAGCAGCCGUCGACCCACCGCUAG